AUGAGUUGGACAGCCAUUCUCGUACGUCACUGGAACUGCUGAUACUAUUGGAGAAAAGGCAAUUAAUUAUUUAAAGCCAGUUGCAUACAUUUUCGAUCGAAUGACGACACGACUUGUGCAGAAACCAGCCAUCAUCGCUGCGACGGUGGGUGAGAACUGGUCGGCGAAAUGGACCGUUUUCCCGGCCGACGUUCCUGAGUUUUUGACCAAGAAAAUCGGGCAGCUACCUCGCCAUGGAUAGAGUAGACAGGGUUGACUAACUGCAGAUGAAAUUAGCAGGUGGAAUUCGGCCAUAUUGAAGAGGACUUCGAUUUUGUUUGGAGAGAGAGCGAGGCCUGUAUUUGUGACUGGAAUCGAUAGGCCUACGAAGUAGGCAAGACGGAUAGAUAGAUAGGCAUUUGGAAAGAGAGAGAGAGCGAGAGAGACAGAGGACUCGAGAGAAUGAGUCGGCGACCGUCUCUCCCUCCUAUGCCGGAUCUCAGCCAUCUCUCAGAAGAAGAGAGACAGAUUAUUGAGUCCGUGCUCAACCGACAGAGAGAGGAAGAAGAGAAGGAACAGGAGCUCAUCAGAAAUCUCCAAGAUGACCUGGAUAGUUAUCAAAAAUCGGUCGUCAAACUUAACGAGGAGCUAAGCAAGCAGCCAGCAAAUAACAGCGGAGGCGGAGGGAACCAGGGCGCUGUCUGCCAGAUCUGCCACAAGACCAAAUUCGCUGAUGGCCUGGGACACCGGUGCAACUACUGCAAUCUUCGCUCGUGUGCUCGCUGCGGUGGUAAACUGCAGCUUAAACAGAACAAGGCAAGAAGUCCUGUGGUUGUGUGGGCGUGCCAGCUGUGUAAAAAGAAACAGGAAAUACUCGCCAAGACAGGCCAGUGGUAUCAUGGCGGUCAAGCACGCCCAGUGGCCCUGGACAUUGAGGUCGGCUCAGGAAGCGAAACGGCUUCCACAAAGACUGAUAUUAGUCCCACGUCGGACAGGAGAGCACGAGUCUCAGGAGGACCUAGGGGUCAGGGUCAAGGUCAGUCAGAUAGCAGUGGACAGGGAUCUGAAAAGGAGAACAUUGUUCGUAGACCAGAUGAUCCCAGAAUGCAAAUGUCUAGAUCUGGGAGUCUCCGCGGUAGUAGAGAACUCAAACGGCAGUAUUCAAUGUCGGAGGUUGGAAAAAUCCAAGAUGGCAGUAAAGAGCAAGGACAUUAUGAUAGGUCACCAGGUGGUCAUGAAGAUAGGAUGAGUGAGAGAGGGCGGGCCAGAGGGCGGCCUUUAGAGCAACUGCCACCUGAUCAGGCCCGUACUCGUAGCCUGCCACCUGACGACAGGCACCUUGAAGGCAUGCAUAUACAUGGGAGACGGCGGGGAGCCAACGGGCAAGACCCAAUGCAUGAUGGACACGGCACGCUGCAUCCACCAGGGUCAAGGUCACGAGACCCUUCUGUUGAGAGGCGUUCUUCAGAUGGAAGACGGCCAUCUCCAGCUGAGCUGGAUCGUAUGCGACCUGAUCAUGAUUCCCACCUCCGACCUGACCAAGACCCCAGGAUGGAUAGGGGGCGCAUGCAUCCUGACGGAGACCCACGCCAAAAAGAUCUCCCCCCACCGGGACGGUCUCGGUCGCCACGUGGUCGAAGAGGGGAGCUAUCCCCGCAUGAUGUGAUUCCUCCUAGUGAUCAAGAAUUGCGCCGUCGAUCUCCUUCUCCAGCAAGAGUUCGUGAACAGGAAAUGAGAGAGGCCCAUAUGCAACAGCAGCAGCAACAGCAGCGUGAUCUGAAUGCAGAUCAUUUUCAUGGUGAUAGGCGACGCGAGUCUCCUCCUGAUCGCUAUGCAGAUAAAGAAAUGGUGCAGAAGAGGCAUCGGAGAGAAGGUGUGGUCCAUCCACCAGAUGGCACUAAAGACAUGAGAGACUACCAAGAUGGCGGCCGUGAGACUAUAGCUAUGGACAGAAAAAGGGACAUGGGAGAAGAUCGCCGUAGAGACGGAACCAUGGACAGGCACAGAGAAAUACAUGAACCUCACGAUCACGAGCAACUCAUACGACAAGACUCUUCUACGAGUCGCAGAUCAGAUCACUCAUCACGAAGUGUGCGAGAACGUGGAAUGCCUGGUGAUCAAAUGCAGAAGCCUUUGGGGAGUGAGCGCGAGCGGGAAUUAGCUCGAACAGCUCAGCAACCUUUGCAGCCUGAUGUUCACAUAACUGCAAAGCCACCACAAUCGCCCCGUCACGAGCGCAUGGUGGUGGGAACUUCUCCUGUAUCACCAAGGGAGGAAGUAAUGGACUCCAUGAGGGACAGACGGGGCGGUGCAAGUGGGCGGGAAGAAAUCUCAGAUUUAGAUGCCAGAUCAGGAGACUCCCGUCGCAUGUCGCAAACUCACUUAGAUCCUAGCUCCGCAGCAAAUAGAAAUUCCAAAAAUAACAGGCGGAAAAUGGAGACGAUGUUACGAAAUGAUUCUCUGAGUUCAGAUCCCUCAGACUGUGUGCGCCCACCACCGCCAAGACCACAUAAACAUAAAAAAGGGAAAUCAAAGCAGCCUGUUCAGCAGCCUUCGUUCAGUAGUUCUGAUGAUGAGAUUCGCUCAACACCGGAAUAUACUAGCUGUGAUGAUCAAGACUUGGAGAGCGAGAGCAUCAGUGAGAAGGGAGUAGGGGAACUAGAAACCCAUCCGAACCCAGAUUCACAUGCUAUGCAAAAGAAAGGGGUGACCUUGAGCAGUCGAGGUCGGUCUCAAGGCCGUUUAGGUCAAGGUGAAGGUCAAUUAGGCCAAGGUCACAUGAGGAAUGAUCGGAAUGAUCACAGAUGGUCUGAAGUGCCUAUAAAAGACUCUGGAAUUGACACUGGUCUGUCAAGCAGUAAUCAGACUCUAUAUGAAGACAGCACUAAGCACCCAGUCACUUGGCGGACCGCAGACGAUGGAAAGAAAGUCAUAGGUCACAUGAUCUUGAAAAAGGGUGUCGCGGACGGGAAGGGGAAAGAUUCUGGGGGAAUUCUGGGUCUCAAAGUGGUUGGAGGAAAGGUGACAGAGGGAGGCCAGCUUGGCGCAUUCGUAACCAAAGUUAAAAAAGGCAGCAUUGCAGACGUAGUGGGGAAAUUACGCCCUGGCGAUGAAGUCAUAGAGUGGAACGGAAGGUCGUUACAAGCGGCAACAUUUGAGGACGUGUACGAUAUUAUCAUGGAGUCGAAACAGGAGCCUCAGGUGGAAUUGAUUGUCCAUCGAAAUAUAGAAUCUGAUAUGGUUCAUGGCAAUCAUGACAGAGAACACAGGGACCGGGAACACAGAGAACAUAGGGAACACAGGGAACGAGAGAAAGUGGAUCGGCAAGAUUAUCCUGAUCAGCCCUCAUCCGCCUCUCUGCGUCACAAACGCCCCAGUAUCUCGAUCACCUCACCUGGGUCACCUGGUACGAGUCCUCGCAGAGUGUCACCGCUGCCCUGUGGCCAGAUACAGAUCAAGUUGUGGUACGAGAGCCGAAAUGAACAGCUGAUAGUCACCAUUCUCAGUGCUAUUGAACUGCCGUGUCUAGAGCAGUCCACUCCGCCAAACCCCUUUGUGAAAGUCUACCUGCUUCCAGAUAGAAGUGCUAAAGUCCCCCACAAGACUAAACCUGUAGCCCAUACUGUGGAACCCACCUGGAACGAGACCUUCGUGUUCCCAGGACUGCGACAGGUUGACUUCCACAAGCGCGCCCUGGAGGUGACGGUGUGGAACUACUCCAGGAAUAGGAAUAGUGAACUAAUUGGAGAGGUGCUAAUAGAGCUGUCAAGUGCCUGCCUUACAGAUGAACCUUACUUCUAUCCUCUUAGUCGUAGAGAAGAGGAGGCCUCCACACCAUCAACACCACGCGGGCAGCAGAAGUCUAGAAGAGGGGAUCCAUAUGACCUGCCUGGAAGUGGGGGUCUACCGUACACCGACAGUGACAUCUCAGAUUACGAUGACAGUGUAGGAGUUGUGUCAGGAAGUAGUCUGGGUGCUUGCUCCCAAAUUUUGGUGAUGUGUCCUCUCCUCUGUCUUUUAGACAACAUUGAUAUAAUUUGGUCAAUGUAG